UGGCCUGUGGGGAUGGCUGAGAAAUUAGACCAAUAAAUAACUCAGUGUGUACUUUGUGAAAUCAUACAUUCUUGCAUGUCCAUUUGAUUUUUAAGAUGCCUCAAAAACAAGAUGUGCAUUGUUGAAGUUGGGGCCCAGGGUAGAAUCACAGACGCUUUUGUUCGGGGCUCCCCGCUCCUGCGAUGGCCUGCUGUCGAUCAAGAUGCAAGAGUCCGCCCCCAUCGGCCUUUCACUGCUGCAGCUGGCUGCCUCUCGCUGCUUACCGUAUGCUCUCACUGCAAUCUGUGCUGGAGAGGCCGAACGAGCUGGAGCUUCAGUAAUAAACCCGGCCUACUAACGCUUAUGACGCUCGCCAUUAAAGAACACGACCAACACGAGGUAAGUAUAAGCGUGCGAUUUUUAAUGCAAUCUAUAUUAUGUAGUCGCACCGCUUAAUAUGAUCUCGAUCCGCGAUGGUUAAACGCGCGGUCUAUUUCGAAAAGCGGCAUGUUUGCGGAAGUGACCGUGUGGUCCAUGUUUAGCCGCCCCUGUUAUUUGCCUUUACAUGUCAUGUGUGUAUCCAAAAUAUGUUUCACUCUCACGUGCAUUUUGUCGACACGGUAAGCGUUCGGAAAAGUUGAAGACGCUGUUUGGGUUUCCCGUAAACAAGGCGAAGUUGACUAGCCAGCGGACCCGUUUGAAAAAUCAAAAUGGCUUCCAUCUUUGUCGUCUCGGCAGAGAGGUUUAUACCUUUGUUUCCCCGUCUCGCAUGUCAGGGAGUCUUGCUGGGAUGUCACCCAUGCUUCAGGCUAAACAUGUUCUCCAAGGGCACCAAGCGUAAGUUUUCUGAUGGUGGUGAAGAGAUAUCUGACGAAAGCCUGCUAGGUGCCAGGGUGGCAUCUUCAUACAGCUUGCAACGGCAGUCACUGCUGGACAUGUCCCUCAUUAAGCUGCAGUUAUGCCACAUGCUGGUGGAGCCCAACCUCUGCCGCUCGGUUCUCAUUGCCAACACGGUUAGGCAGAUUCAGGAGGAGAUGACCCAUGAUGGCAGCUGGCAUAUGGUCACUGAAGCGUUCUGCAGUGCAGGCCAAAGUCCCUCUGAGCGCUUGGUGGCCACUGAGGUCCUUUGCAGGUCACGAGAGCAGGAUGCAGAACCUAAGCUCUUCUCUGUCAUCAGCUACGAAGGUUGCUGUGAAGAGGAGGUGGUAGCUGAUGAGACUCUGUGCUCCGUUUCAGUUAGCGAUACGGUCUCUAAUGUGUGCCUGGCAGGGCGUAUGGGCCAGUGCUGGGAGAAGAGUGAGCUCAGUGGUAUAGAGAGGGAUGAAGAGGCACUUGAAGACUCUAGACUUGGUUCAGGAGAAGAGGAGGAGAUAGACACUGAGGACGGGGCUUCCACAGAGAGUCCAAAGACCAUUGGGCAAGUUUUUGGUACAUUUGAAAUAAAAAACGGUUCCCCGGGUCCAGACUCUGCUCUUGAGGAGCUGUUCUCAGAUGUGGACACCUCCUACUAUGAUCUGGACACCAUGCUGACCGGCAUGCAGAGCGCACCCAAGAUGGGCCCUUAUGACCUCCUUGACAGCUUGGCACCUUCACACAGUUCCCCUUCAAUAGUGUCCACUCCAAACUGUCGUUCUGAUCUCAAUGAACUGGAUCACAUCAUGGAAAUCAUUGUGGGUUCUUAGGUUCGACAUUAUUCCGAGACUUACACGCUUGUCUUAAUUUAACUAGCUUUUCUGUUCCUUAUGGAAAGCAAGUAAUGUCUGGAGUCCUUUCAGGGAAAAGAGUUGAUGUCUUUUGAAGGAUGGCCUUGAUUUUAUGAGCUGACCAUAGUCAUCUUAUUUGCAUACCCUUUGUAUGUUUUAAUUAUUUUUUUCUGUAUUUGUCUGUCCAGACAUGCUGUUUUUUAUUUAAUUUAUUUGUUAUAAUCAUGACACUAUGGAGAGCAGAACAAAAUGUAUACAAAAGUUGUAAAGUUUGGGAUAUUUUCAUAAGGAGAAAAAAAAGAUUGUCUAGAUGUGUAUAUAAAUAUAUAUUUUUACAAUAGAUUCUUCUUGUAAUAUGUUACUGUACAUUAUGUACAUGUUCUACAAAUUGAAUUUAACCGAAGAGUUUAGAUUCUUAUGUGCAACAACACAAGUUUUCUGUUAAUCGAAAUCCAUAAACUGAAGGAGCUUAAUUCAGUACUACAAUAUACAAAAGGCACCAAGUAUACAUACAGUGACGCAUGUUUUACAUUUAUGUGCUCAUUUGCACAAAGUAUUUUUUUUUCCUCUCAAGGUUUGAUUGCAGUUGUCGGCCAAUCAGCUCAGCCGUAGAUUUUCAAAAGUUCUUAUAUUUUGUCUUGUCAACAAAUGAAGUGUAAUGGGGCCAACUCAUUUUAUAUUGUGACUUAAUUUAUUUAAUUUAUUUACUGCAAAUGGUGAGUGUUGGCUGUGGUCACACUCAGGGUGGCUUUUAACUCUAGAGGACUUAAUAGGCCUGAUUCACAAAUGCCUUUUGCUCAUUGUAAAUCGGUCACAGAAUUAGUGUUUUGUAAGUUGUUUUGCAUCAGUUAUUGGUUAAAGUAUUGGGUUUAAAUAAGUUAACUGUUUUAUUAUUGGUGAAUGGCUCAAAUAUAUCUGUCUAUUAGUCCUCUAGACCCCUCAUAAUGAGAAGGCAUUUGUCUAGUUCUAUGCAUUGAGUGUCAUAACACACUUUAUACGCAUGAAGUGUUUAAAAUGCAUUUAGUACAGUAUUCUUUUUUUGAAGAAGCAGUCAA